AUGGAAUCAUCACCCCCGCCACAAAGGGGCGAUGACCAUAACGCGGGUCGCCGAGUUCGGGAAUUGUACCGGUACUUCCAGCCCGAACGCGCCGGUGUCCCUCAAGACCGCAGUUCCACCUCCGCCAGCGAUGAUGCGUUUCCCUCCGCCAGUUUAGAUUCCUCCAGCCAUAUUCCUUCGUCGCCCUCAUUAUCCUCCCAAUGUCCUUCGAACUCCGCCAUUGACGCCGCCGCUGCGGGGCUUGUCCCCGAGACUCUGAUACUCGGCGAAGCUAAUGCGACGUUAACAUCGUUUGCGCAGCUGGCAGCAUUGCGACUCAAUGUUGAGCGCGUGUUGAUCAGUGUUUCGGACCGCCAAAGCCAAUUCAUUUUGGCGCAGAGCACCCAGACUGGGGGCAUUAGCGAUUAUCAAGCAUCCGGGGAAGGUGUCUGGGAUGGUUGCUCAACAUUAUCAUCCAGCGCCUGGAGUAUGUGCAAGGUAGGUAUCGACUCCUCGAAUAUGUUCCGUCGCUUCGGUUACUCAGACGAGAUCGCCUCUUUCCUCCAGGCCACUGUUGCUCUUCCGUCCGCCCGCGAACCGGGACAACGCCAGUUCUUGAUUCUGAACGACCUCAGCGAAGAAGAACGAUACAAGCGCCUUCCAUUCGUAAUAGGAGACCCGAAGUUCCGAUUCUAUGCCGGUACGCCCUUGACGACGGACACUAAUGUCAACAUUGGAUGUUUCUUUGUUCUUGACACCAAACCGCACGAUGGUUUAAGCAAUACGGAGAGGGGCACUAUGGACACAUUGGCCGGCUUGAUCAUGGACUAUUUGAAGGUUAGCCGCCAGGCUUCCGAAGGUCGCCGCGCAGCCCGCCUGUCUCGUGGUCUCAGCUGCUUUGUUGAAGGUAGCUCCAGCUUUGUCGAUGGAGGCCAUCCCUCCUCCUCUGGUAGCUCUGCAGCGGCACCCAGCACACCUCCUUCGUCAAGUCAACGAGCCAACCACCACUCUCUUGGGUCCCUUAAUAGCUUCGAUGCCCCAUCUAGACGAUCUCAAAGCAGCGAUACUCGCUCUUUCAGUUCCGUGUCGGAAUCAAAGCUCGAUCAUGCUCAAUCCUCCGGACCGGAUAUCCCCUUCCCGGAUUGGUGGGCUGGCAGUCGCGAAAAAGAAGUGAAGGAUUCCGAUGACUCUCAUGGACAUAGCUGGGCAUUCAGACGGGCCGCUAAUCUGCUACGAGAGAGUCUUGAGCUUAGUGUGGAUGGCGGAGUCAUUUUCGUCGAGGCGAACAAUAGUCCGAUGAUCGACAUCGACACAGGAAGCGAUUGCUCGAUCGAAGGCAACAAUCCGGCUCCUGUGCUGGCUAUCUCAACCAAUGAAGAGCCAUUUGCGCCCGGCCCGGGUUCGAAGGUCCUCUACCCAGCAGCCUCCCUCGACACUGCGUUUCUUCACCAACUACUGCGGCGGUACAGUAAAGGCAAGCUUUGGUCAUUUCAUCGCGACGGUAUGAUAUCGAGUUCCGACGAUGAAUCGCCGCGCAGAAGUCGCUCGCGCACCACCAAGUCGUCCGAGACGGGCAAGUCAGGAUCCAAGCGAUGGAGAGCCACGGAGAACUCUAUGCUGAAUCAGUACUUCCCGAAUGCCACUCAAGUUCUUUUUGUGCCACUCUGGAAUUCUGCAAAUUCGCAAUGGUUUGCCGGCUGUUUCUGUUGGAAUACUGUGGAGACGCAAGUGUUCAGCUCGUCGGUAGAAUUGAGUUCCAUCCUCGGGUUCGGAUCUUCCAUCAUGGCAGAGUGCAAUCGGGUCGAAUCACUCAUUUCAGAUCGGCAAAAGGGCGAUUUUAUAGGCAGUAUAUCUCACGAGCUUCGGAGUCCACUCCACGGUAUCCUGGCGGCCGCGGAGUUUCUCAACGGCACGCAGCUUGACGAGUUUCAGACCUCUCUCUUGGAGACUAUCAACGCAUGCGGCCGUACUCUGCUGGACACGAUGAACCAAGUCCUGGAUUUUAGCAAAAUUGUUUCUCUGGAACGCACCUAUCGAAAUAUGAAACGAGGUCGAACAUCACCCACCGAGUUGAAAGGACCGAAUCGGUUCUCCACGCACCUGGAUACCUAUGUGACGACAGAUUUGGCUUUAUUGGCUGAAGAAGUUGUAGAAGGGGUAUGUCUGGGUCAUGCAUAUGGUCAGAAGUCCUCUGCCCCUUUUGAUCAGCCCAUGGUCCUGCCGCUUGGCCAAUUGAGAAAACCCACGUCUGAGCUUGAGGCAGAGACGGCAUGUCGUUCAGAUGUGGAGGUCAUAGUCGAUAUUGCGCAUAAUGAUUGGACUUAUCUCACGCAACCGGGAGCCUUGAGACGUAUUAUCAUGAACGUUUUUGGAAACGCGAUGAAGUACACUCACAGUGGUCGUGUGUCUUUGCAUUUGGAGGUCACAGAAGCUUCAGAGGGCCGCUCACGCCGUCAUGGAGUCGAAGAAUUGGUCACCUUAACGGUAUCUGACACGGGCAAAGGAAUCUCUGAGGAGUUUCUGCGUGGUCGUCUGUACACACCGUUCGCUCAAGAAGACACUCUCGCAGUUGGGACCGGCCUCGGUCUCUCUAUUGUACGGAGUCUUGUCAAAGCCCUUAAGGGUAGUAUCAACAUUCAUAGUCGCCCUGGCGAAGGUACCAUUGUUAAAGUGUCUCUUCCACUAAUCCGACCUGGUCCUGAAGUGGAUCUAGAGGAGACAGUGGGGCCCCGGUCGCCGUCGGCCAAGGAGAAAAACGCGUUGACAGAAAGUCGUAUGCUGCGCGAAACUUAUGCUGGUCGUCGCGUUGCAAUUUGGGGGGUAGAACCCGCGGAAGCAGCGACACAUGCAUUCUGGUCCGUCUAUAUACGUUAUCUGACCGACUGGUAUGGCCUUGAGAUAGUGUCGUCCCAGGAUAGAAUACCCGCGGAUAUUACUCUAGCUGAGGAACAGGACCUGGCUUCGGGAACGCAACCCGAUACCGACACGACGCUUCCAUGUCUCCUCGUCUUCUGUAGUAAAUCUGUUGAUUAUACGACAAGUCGGUCGCGGUGGUUGUCUUUGGCCAACAUGGUUAAUAUUAUUCGACGACCAUGUGGUCCACACAAACUCGCACGCAGCAUUCGCAAGUGCUUGGAGAUUCAAAAUGGCACUUUACCAGUGAGGACAAUUGAGCUACCUGAACGGCCCCGGCCCGCCGUCUUGACAUCAGAGGAUACAUCCCUGGGAGAAAGGAUGUUUGAGAUUCCCACUGAUACUCCGGAGCUCACGCCAGAAGCGACCGCCGGCUCAGACUCAUCGUCUUCCUACGACUACAUGCGGUCACAGUCCUCUGAUGCCUUUGACCCUUUGUGUCCAACUGAAUCACCGGCAUCAUCCGUGCAACCUCAAUCGCCCAGGCAACAACCAGAUUUCUUUCCGAUUAAUCGCCGCGCACGUAUCUUGGUUGUGGACGACAAUUCGAUCAAUCUCAAGCUAAUGCUCACAUUCAUGAAAAAGAGGGAACUCGAAACGCUGGACUCAGCUGAGAACGGCAAGUUGGCCGUCGAUGCCGUUGAGCGGUUGCCUGAAGGAUAUGAUAUUAUUUUCAUGGAUAUGUCUAUGCCAGUAAUGAAUGGCUUUGAGGCAACACGCGCCAUCAGAGCCAUUGAGAAAGAGCGUGGUGAGGGCUGCGCCCCCGCCGUGAUCAUCGCCCUGACGGGCCUCAGUAGCUCGCGCGAUGAAUCUGAGGCACUUACGUCGGGUGUCAAUUUGUUCCUCACGAAGCCGGUUUCCUUCAAAGAGGUUUCGAAGCUGUUGUCGGAAUGGGAGGAUAGAGAAACGGCGGAACGGCGUCUGUCGGGGUCUGGGUCUGCAUCUGAUUGAAACGAAAUACACAUCUCACAACAGCAUGCGUGCAUUUGAUCAAUUUUGUUGGUCUAUGGUCUAUGGGGAUUUCCUUGAUUUUGUUCCCAAUCAUUCUGUGUUGGGAUUACUCCGUACACGGAUAUGAGGCAUGAGUGAUACCCUUCUCAGGACUUUGGAGUUUUUCUUCGGCUGGCGUUUAUUUUGGCUCGCAUGGUU